UUUGUUGUUGGCGGAAAAGCCUCACACAAGGAAGGAGAGGGCUACUCAACUUCAGUAGUGAAGUUAGUUCGUUUUCGUUGAGCUUUAUCGUUAACUCAUUUGUGAGUUGUGUCGUCGACAUAGGGUCGCCUUCUGGUCCUGGGGCUCUUAACGAAAUGAACACAUAAAAGAGAAACUCUACGACUGAAGAAAGCGGUGAAUUUCUUUACGUUCAACAACCUGCUCCACUCUCAAGAUGGAGCUGUCUCCUGACUGCAGUGACAGCAUCAGCACAGAGGGAUGCAUCAUUAAAUCUGACAGAAGUCACAGGAGAAGCAAAAUACCCAAGGAUGUGGAGAUGGACAUUGAGUACCUCUAUAAAGCUGUUCCUCAGCUCACCGAGUUUUUCCACAUCAUAGACAAAAUUGGAGAGGGUACAUUCAGCUCAGUGUACCUGGGUGAGGCUCAUAUGCAGGACGGGAGGAGAGAGAGGUUUGCUCUGAAGCACCUAAUCCCAACCAGCCAUCCCAUACGCAUUGCUGCUGAGCUCCAAUGUCUCACUGUGGCUGGCGGCAGAGAGAAUGUGAUGGGUGUGACUUACUGCUUCAGAAAGGAAGAUCAUGUAGUGAUUGUUAUGCCCUAUAUGGAGCAUCAGGCCAUUGUGGACAUCAUUGGGUCACUGAGCUUUGAGGAGGUGCGUCAGUACAUCUUCCACCUGCUGAAGGCCUUGAGUCACAUCCACCAGUUUGGAAUUAUUCACCGGGACAUCAAACCCAACAACUUCCUCUACGACCGGCACAACAAAACGUAUGCCUUGGUGGAUUUUGGUCUGGCACAGGGGACGGCCGACACCCAGAUCGAGCUGCUGAAGGUGGUGAAGCAGAAGGCCUCUCACAAAGGUGGAGGGUCCACAGGGAAGCAAGACCCAACACUGGGAAACAAAGCACCACAAAAACUCCUAACCUCCACCACAGCCCCCACUUCAAAACCUGCGCCUUCACGGCACAACACAGCCCCACCUCCCUCCUCCUCUUCCUCCACCACCACAUCCUCCUCAGCCUCUGGGAAACCACUGGUUAAGAGAGCCUCGUCUGUCUCUGCCACAGUCAACACCUCCACCUCUCGCACUAAGUACACAAAGGAGUUGGCAGGGCUACGCAAAGCGCCACGGCCGGUGUUUGGAGAGAGGAACCUCAAUAGCUGUUCUCCAGCACCCUCAGCCACAGAACCAGCUGCCACCAAGAUCGAUCUGGUAAAGCCCAGUAAAGUGGAGGACCCAACCAACCGAAGGUACAUCUCAGCCAGCCGACGCCCCCUGCCUGCCAAGACCCAGGGCAGCAGCCAGAAACAACAGCGGGCUGUCAACUUGAGCCUCACCUGUAACUGCUACCUGACCGACCGCGUCUGCAACAUCUGCAUGUCCAGGAAGCAGCAGGUCGCUCCCAGGGCAGGAACUCCAGGCUUCAGAGCACCAGAAGUCCUCACCAAGUGCCCCAACCAGGGGACAGCAAUUGAUGUGUGGUCGGCCGGAGUGAUCCUGCUCUCGCUGCUCAGUGGUCGUUACCCGUUCUUCAAAGCCAGCGAUGACCUGAUCGCUCUCACACAGAUCAUGACCAUACGAGGCUCCAGAGAGACCGUCCAGGCUGCAAAGGCAUUCGGUAAGGCAGUGGUGUGCAGUCGGGAGCUGCCUCGCCAGGACCUCAGGACGCUGUGUGAGACGCUGAGAGGGCGGAGGCCAUCACCGGAUGAUGAGGUCACACCUCUGCCCCAAGCCAACCAAGACUCUGCUGCCUCUCAGUGCCACAGAAUCCAAGACAACACGCCUAGACAACUUCCCCCUGAAGGAAGUUUGGAACAGCACCAACCCAAGGAUGAAGCCCGUGAUCCUGCAGGACCCUCCAAAAACAGUCCGGGCCACCCCAGGAACGGAGAAACCUCCACCCACCCAACUGUGAAGGCCUCAAAGCCAGAGAAUCUCAUCAGUGUGGGGGCAAAGACGGAGCGUGAGGUGUGUGAAGAUGAGAGGGGCUGGGAUCGAGUGCCUGAUGAGGCGUACGACUUGCUGGACAGAGUGCUGGACCUGAACCCCGCCACUAGGAUUACAGCUUCUCAGGCUCUGCAGCACCCACUGUUCAAAGACUUGAAGCGCUGAAUGGGACUGAACCAGAGGCCUUCACUCACUGUCACAGAGCUGUUGGGAGAAAAAAAUGGUGUUUUACCUUAACUUCCCCUUAAAAUGUCUAAUUGGUCAAAGUCCAGGUCAGAGCAGAAUAAAUCCAUCUCAUCCAUGAAAAUGAGAAUGAAUUCCUCUGCUGCACCAAGCGGAGCGAAGCAGGAUCAUCUGUGUUUGGAGAAAUGAUUUGAAAAGGGAAGGGACAGAUUUCUUUUUUGUGUCUGGAAAACAGCAGUUUGCCUUCCCAUCAUCCCCCCUUGUUAAAUGUUUCACAUUUAUUUUAAUAUUAUUAUCCCACAAAAACACAUCUCAGUAGUUUACAAUACAGGGCCCACAGUUAAGACUUCAUAAGAUUAUUUUCAUGGCAGCUUUGAUAUAAUAGAGAGGCAGCUAGCAAGUACUUUCAUUAUCACUUACUCUAUCGACUACCUUUUUGAUUAAUAGGUCGUUUAGUCUGUGAGAUAUAAAAAUGACAAAUAUAUGAAAUGGAGAAAAACAAGCCAGUCUCAUUAUUUGUGAACAUUAAGUAUUUUUGCUUGAUAAAUGGCAAUCAAUUAUCUAAAUGAUAAGAUUAGUUUUACAUCACUCCAAUAACUGAAAAUCAGAUGAUCAUUUAAACUAAUCCUGGUUUGUGGAAUACCCUCCUGGUGUGUUAAACAGGUAGGCAAGAAGAUGAAAAUCCUUGACUGUAUCACCAGAAAAGCCUUAUAACUCUUUUACUAACAAAACUCUAUGGCCCUCAGACCUGCUGAGGGCAGCUGUGAUUCAGUUCAAAUUGGGAAUUGCUUUUGUUUCUGUCUAAAGCCGUCAGCACAGCUUAGUAAGCUUUUUAGUCAAAUGAAGCGAGUCCUGCAAAGAUAAUUGUUCAACUUCAACACUGCCAUAGCAAUCUACAUGUUUCCGACUGCAUAGAAGAGACUAAAGAAUGGACUAGCCUUUUAGUUUUGUAUAUAUAUUUUAUGAAUGUAGUUGUGUGCUAUUGUAUAUGAAUAUGUUGCUGUUUGUCACUGUUACUGCCACAGUGUUAAGUUAUGACACCGAAAGAUGUUUGUGAAACUUUUGUAAAUGUCAAUAACUAAGACUUUUUAAAUAAAUUUUAUAUUUUAGUAGCUCCA